CUGCCCGCGGAGCCCGGCGGGCGACUCGCGGUUCCGGCCCCCACCCGCGCGAUGGAGGCCGCCGGGGGGCGGCCCGGGCCGGAGCCGGCCCUCCCUGCCGGAGCGGACCGGCAGGCCGCGGUCGUCGGCGGCAGGCCGUCCCGAGCGCCCGCGAGGCCGCCGUCAGGCCGGAGGGGGUCCGGGGAGGAGGAGUCGGACAGCGUUGGGGCCGCGAGCCGUCGUCACCCCCGGGCGUCCCCGAAGACGUCGAGCGGCGGCCCCGUCCCCCGGCCGGGGCUGGACGCCUGCGGAGACGAGCCCGGCUCCGGGGCGACGCCGUCCGGGGCCGCGGGCCGCCAGGGGCCGCCCGCUUCCGAGCGCGCCCCGCUUCCGUCCCCCUGGCACCGGGAACGCGAGCCCGGCCAGGACCGCCCGCCCCCCGCCCCGAGGGCCUGCCGUCGGGGGAGCCCCGGAGGCCUGGAGAUGGAUGAGGAGCCGCCGCCGCGAGACGGGGAAGGCUGCGACGACGAGGAGGCGGAGGCGGCCCGGGCCGGCCGCUCCCUCUGCAGCCGCCUCCAGGACAGCCGCAGCCUGGACGGGCUGAGUGGGGCGUGCGGCGGAGGCGCGUCCCCGGCCGCCGGCGAGGCCGGCGCGGGCGGGGGGCGUCGCGCCACCAUCUCCAGCCCCCUGGAGCUCGAGGGCACGGUGAGCCGCCACGGCGACCUCACCCACUUCGUCGCCAACAACCUACAGCUCAAGAUCCGGCUGAGCGGAGCCCCGCCGCCGCCGCCCCCUGCCUCCGCGCGGCCCUGCCCGACGCCCGCGCCCACCCCCACCAUCCCUCCCAUCGACCCCGACGUGCUGAGGGAUCUGGAGAGGCUGAGUCGCGAGCUGGGCGGCAGGGUGGACCGGCUGCUCCGCGGGCUGGGCGGGGCGGUGCAGGAGCUGACGGCCCUGAGCGUGGGCUGCAUCCAGACCUACCGCGACGCGGUGGACUCCCUGGGCGAAGCCGUGGACAUGAGCAUCAAGGGCAUGUACACCCUGCUUGCGCGCUGCGAGGAGCUGGAGCGGGCUUUGCAGCCGGUCCAGGGCUUGGCACGCCAGGUCCGAGAUAUCCGGCGCACUCUGGAGGUGUUGGAGGCCCUGUGCAAGUGACCAGGAGCCCAGAAGAGAGGCCGUGCCUGACCUGGCCAGGCCAGGGGCCAGUGAGGCCCCUAAGGACUCUUCAGGGAGCCCUGGUGGAACCUGCCUGCCUAGGAGAGGCCUGAACGUUAGAGGGUCUUCCACGAGCGUGCGGGUGGCCUGUGCCCAUUCCAAGCCUAAGGAGUGCGAGGGGGGAAGUUGUGAGGUGGGAAGGGCGGUAGCUCUGCCUGUGUCCAGUUGGCCAUCUCCCGCUUCCCUGUUCCUCCCGGCGCCUCUCCCGAGCUAGAACGCCGUGCUUGGGAAUACAGGCCCGUAGGUCUCCGCUGGAGGGUGGGGAAGACCCCCACGUGUGAUCAGGAAGGAAACAGAAGAGGCCCCAGCCCGCCGCGGCUACCUCAAGUGCCGGGCCCUUGUCCACACAGCGCGCAGGCGAGGGCGCACGUCUGCCUGACCUCCUGCUUCUUCCCUCUGGUCCCCUCGAGUGUCGCGGGGCGGAGCCCACGGGAGCCCGGUUCCUGGGGAGGGAGCACGGUGGGGCGGCUCACUGCGCUCAGCGUUCAGGGAGGAUCGUUGCUGGUUUUGGAGCCCACCUGUUGUGGAGUGUUCUAAGCAGUUUUUGGCUUUCUGAGUUUUUGUGGAAUUAAAGUGCUGCUGCUGCUGCUGA